CUGGCUCCUCACGCAGCGGCUUUAUCGCGGCAAGUGACAGAAUGGGGAGGGCUCUGUCCCCCUGGCGCUCUCGGAGAGCCCGGCGGGUAUAAAAAGAGGAGGCGCAGAGCAGCCGGAGACAGAGCGGAGCGAAGGUCAGCAGAGGGGAACCAGAGAGGAGAGAGAGAAGGCAGCCAGCAGCAGACCACUCCCUGACCACCGCCAGCAUGGGCUCCUUCUCCACCAUCACCGCCAGCUUUCUCCUCCUCCUGGCGGUCCAGCUCCCAGGGCAGACCAGAGCCAACCCCGUGUACAGCCCCGUGGCCAACGCCGACCUGAUGGAUUUCAAGAAUUUGCUGGACCAUUUGGAGGACAAGAUGCCGUUAGAAGACGAGGUCAUGCCCCCGCAAGUACUACGCGAGCAGAACGAGGAAGCUGGGGCAGAGCUCAGCCCCCUCCCUGAGAUGUCUCCCUGGACGGGGGAGGUCAACCCAGUCCCGCGAGAGGGGGGUGUCCUUGGGCGGGGCCCCUGGGACUCCUCCGACAGGUCCGCCCUCCUGAAAAACAAGCUGAGGGCGCUGCUCGCAGCCCCUCGCAGCCUGCGGAGGUCCAGCUGCUUCGGGGGCAGGAUGGACAGGAUUGGAGCCCAGAGCGGCCUGGGCUGCAACAGCUUCCGGUACCGAAGAUAGUGGCCCAAGAUAGUGGCCGGGCCGCGGACUCCGGACUCCGACAGACCCUCACCCCCGGUCUCCCACGCCUCUUGGUCCCAUCUCGUUGCCGGCAAGUGGAGUUGUGACGAGCCCCCUAUUCAAGCUGCCUGUCGACAUGUCUCACAUUUUAUGCUAAAUGUAGAUAAGAUGGCUUACCCGUGGCUUCCCGGCCUCGCCC